GUGUGCAUCUCUCUCUCUCUCUCUCUCUCUCUCUCUCGUGAGUCGUGAUGCAUCUGCAACUGGUGCCAUGGCUUGCCGCAGCAACAGCAACACUGUGUGCAACACUGUGCUCAAGCUCAACAUUAGGCACCACCUCAGAAGCUGACAAAAUCGCCAGCUUGCCAGGACAGCCCAAGGUUAGCUUCGGCCAGUAUGCAGGGUACGUCACCGUCGAUGAGAAGCAACAGAGAGCCCUCUUCUAUUACUUCGCCGAAGCCGAAGCCGACCCGGCUUCGAAGCCUCUCGUGCUUUGGCUCAAUGGAGGGCCUGGUUGUUCGUCCAUUGGAGUUGGGGCUUUCUGCGAGCAUGGACCAUUCAAGCCCAGUGGAGAUGUACUCCUGAAAAACGACUAUAGCUGGAAUAAAGAAGCAAACAUGUUGUACCUGGAAUCUCCUGCAGGAGUUGGUUUCUCCUACUCUGUCAAUAAUUCUUAUUAUAGCUCCGUCGACGACAAGAUGGCAGCAAGAGACAAUCUCGCAUUCCUCCGUAACUGGUUCGAAAAAUUCCCAGAAUACAAGGAGAGAGAUUUAUUCAUCACAGGAGAGAGCUAUGCAGGUCAUUAUGUUCCACAACUUGCAAUGCUCAUCGUGCAGUCCAAGUUGUUCAAUUUGAAGGGAAUUGCUAUAGGAAAUCCACUUCUCGAGUUCAACACCGAUUUCAACUCACGGGCAAAAUUCUUUUGGUCUCAUGGAUUGAUAUCAGACGCAACCUACGAAAGUUUUAACACAAUAUGCAAUUUCUCCCAAAUUCGCAGACAGGCACAGAGCGGCACCCUCACCCCUGUCUGCUCUCGUGUCAAUAGCGAAGCAAAAAGAGAAAUAAGCAAAUUCAUCGACACAUACGAUGUCACUCUUGAUGUUUGUUUGUCGACAGUUUCUUCACAGUCCGCAGUUUUGAAUAAGCUGCAACAAACAGAGAAGAUAGAUGUAUGUGUAGAAGACAAAACCCUCAAGUACUUGAACAGGAAAGAAGUACAGGAGGCUCUGCAUGCUCGGCUGGUUGGAAUCUCUUCAUGGACAGUUUGCAGCGACGUUCUCAAAUAUGAAUAUCAAAAUCUGGAGAUACCUACCAUUUCGAUUUUGGGGGAGUUAGUGAAGUCAGGAAUCCAAGUUUUAGUUUACAGCGGUGAUCAAGAUUCUGCUAUUCCAUUGCUCGGAACAAGGACUCUAGUGAAUAAUUUGGCAAAGCAGUUGGGACUGAACACAACCGUGCCUUAUAGAGUCUGGUUCGAGGAAAGUCAGGUUGCUGGGUGGACACAAGUGUAUGGAGAUAUAUUAUCAUAUGCGACAAUCAGAGGAGCGUCUCAUGAAGCACCGUUUUCGCAGCCAGAGAGAUCGCUGGUGUUGUUUAGCUCAUUUCUGGGAGGAAGGCCAUUGCCAGAAGGGCUCAUGUGAGAUUCUGCAGUGGAAACUAACAAAAUUAUCGGUGACCAGUCUACUCCUAAGUUUACCAAAUAGGACUUCAUCUGAUCCGAUUAGUAGAAACAUCAAAUUCAUCAUGUUUCCCAUUCGCACUUCCUGGCUUCUUUCGAAAUGGACUGUUUGCUUCUCUAGUACUGCUUCUUAUGUCAUCAUAUACAAUAAAUAUGAGAAAGAGCGAAAA